GCGGAAUUAUACAAAGCGAAUCGAUGAACCAAAUUGAAUUUGAUGAUGUCUAUAAAAAACUUAAACGACACAAUAAGCCAAGGGUGGUCAUCGUUUUUGCAUUAUCUUCAGAUCUAAAGGGAGUUUUAGAUGCAAUCAAAAGAGCAAAUGGCUCCAAUGGCUUUAUUUGGGUCGUAAGUGAUGGAGUUUACAACAUCGAUGAUAUCAUAUCUCAAAUGGUCGGGACAGUGAAAAUUUACCUAUAUGCACAGCCAAUACAUGCCAUUGAUACUUACAUAAAAUCUCUUACACUAGCGGAUUUCUCCAAAGAAAACUCAUUAGCUGGGAUAAAAUGGAUUCGAGAUGCAUGGGCCAAUCAUUUUGACUGCUCGUUCAGCGCUAGCAAUGCGAACACUACAGUAUGCUCGGAACAUUUGACAUUAAAAGACACCAAAGGUUAUUCUCCGUUUGGCGACAAAGGAUCGCUAUUAAUGAACAUCAUCAACACGUUCGCACAUGGCUUACAUGAACUGAUAACUAAUGAGUGCCCAAGUGCUUUUAAUGAUAAAACUCUACUUGAUGACUGCAUCGAAGGACCAAUUUUCAAACAGUAUCUUAUAAAUGUUAAUUUCACAGGGAGUUGGGGCCGAGUUAGGUUUGAUGAGUUCGGAGACAUUCUUGGAAGGUACUCCAUCAGUCAAGUACAGCUUGAUACCGAUCAGAAUUUCAAGAUUGUUAAUGUCGGAAUAUGGGAUGUUCAGAAUGAGGUGAAUCUAAAUAUCAACAACACGAAACUAAAAUGGCACCAUCACAAAGAUCACAACAAGCUACAAGAUGUAUUUCCCGAGUCUUUAUGUAGCUACCCUUGUCAACCAGGAGAGUUCUAUAUUAAACAGGAGUUGAAAUGUUGCUGGGAAUGCAGGACAUGUCGAACUAACGAAAUUACAACGAAUAACGCUAGUACCUGUAAGGAAUGCCCGAAAUACCAGUGGCCAGAUCAGGAAACAUUCAAAAAUUGUCUCGCUAUUCCAUUGGACUACUUAAGAUUUACAGAUAGCCUUGCAAUCGUCAUAUCUGCCCUAAGUAUCUUGGGAUUCUCACUGUGUAUUAUGACGUCGGUAGUACUGAUCAAGAACCGGACGCAUAAACUAGUGAAGGCUUCAAAUAAAGAGCUCACGAGUCUUAUUCUCUUAGGAACGAUGUUAGCAUAUCUAAAUGUGUUCGUGAUCAUUGCAAAACCGGGAAAUGUUUACUGUUACUUAAGCUGUCUUGGGUUCCACAUCAGCUCAGCACUAGCUUACGCCCCAAUGGUCUUGAAAACCAACAGGGUGUUCAGAAUCUUUGAUGGUGGUAAACGAAUGAUCCAGCCGAAAUUCAUAUCAUCAAGAUGGCAAAUUAUCAUGACGAUUUUACUCAUUUUGAUACAGAUAGUCAUUUCUACUUGUGUAACGACAAUAUUGCCCCCUGUCGCUGUAAAAAAUCAACCAGUGAUAACAGAAAAGUCUGUGGAACUUCUAUGCUGGAUACCCAUCGAAAGCCUUGUUGUUCCAUUAGUCUUCAACCUCGUUUUGAUUAUCGUCUGCGCAUACUACGGUUUCAAAACGAGGUUACUACCUGAUAACUUCAAUGAAUCUAAAUGCAUUUUCUUUUCAAUAAGCACCACGCUUUUCAUGUGGAUUGCCUUUUUGCCUACCUAUUUCACUGCCUCCUCUGGUCAUAAUAAGGCCACACUUUUGUCAGCUCUCCUCAUUCUGAAUGCGUAUGUCACUCUUUUUGUGCAAUUCCUUCCAAAACUUUACGCUAUCUACUACAUCGAUGAGGACCAUAUGAAGCUUACACCGGCUCGUUUGACCAAUAGUAUCCAACCAUCGACAGCACCAGAUGCUUAG